AUGGCGGGGAACCACGAGAACCAUGGCCUGCUUUUGGCCGGUGCCAUCCUGCUUCUCACUCUUCUCCUCGUCUUCGACCUCAGGCGGCGUCGCAAGAAGUAUGGUGGCUUGACGCUGAACCCGCCUCCGGGGCCGUGGCAGCUGCCGGUGAUCGGCAGCAUGCACCACGUCGUGGGCGCGCUCCCUCACCGCGCCAUGCGCGACCUCGCCCUCCGGCACGGCCCGCUCAUGCUGCUCCGCAUGGGCGAGCUCCCCGUCGUCGUGGCCUCGUCGGCGGCCGCGGCGAGGGAGGUGAUGAAGACCCACGACGCCGCCUUUGCCUCGCGGCCGAGGACCAACACCUUUGCCACGCUCACCAAGGAUGGCCUCGGCGUCGCCCUCGCGCCGCUCGGAGAUCACUGGCGCCGCGUCCGCAAGCUCUGCGCCACGGAGCUGCUAGGCGCGCCGCGGGUCCGGUCGUUUCGGUGGACGCGCGAGGCCGAGGCGGCCGCCCUCGUCGCGUCCGUGACCGCCGCGGCGGCGUUUGGGGACGUUGUGAACGUCAGCUCCCUCGUCACCACGUACGUCGUCGACGCCGUGGUGCGCGUCAUGGUCGGCGACCGGAUCACCGACCGCGAAGCCUUCCUGGCGUGCCUGGACGAGGCUGUCAGGGUGGCCGCUGGGUUCAGCCUCGCCGACCUGUUUCCGUCGUCGCGCCUCGCGCGUGCACUCAGCAGGACGGCGCGCCGCGUGGAGGCGGUGUUCGGAGAGAUGUCCCGGCUGAUGGACACCGUCAUCAAGGAGAAACGCGCGAGGAAGGCGGCGGGCGUCGGCCGCGAGGAAGAAGAGGAUAUCCUUGACGUGCUUCUGGACGGCGGCGGCGACGGUGUGCCUCUCUCCAUCGAGACCGUCCGUGCUAUGAUGAGGGAUCUCUUCGGGGCCGGUAGCGAGACCUCGGCGUCGACGCUGCUGUGGGCCAUGGCGGAGCUGAUGCGGGAACCGGCGGCGCUCCGGAGGGCUCAGGCGGAGGUGCGCGGCGCGCUCGCCGGGCAAAGCCGCGUUCGGGAGGAGUCGCUGCAAGAGCUGCCGUAUCUGCGGCUGUUCCGGCCGGAGAGGUUCGAGGAGGGGGCCGUGGCGGCGCUGGACUUCAGGGGGACAGACUUCGAGCUCGUGCCGUUCGGCGCGGGGCGGAGGAUGUGCCCCGGGAUCACGUUCGGGCUCGCCGUCAUUGAGCUCGCGCUCGCUAGCCUCCUCUUCCAUUUCGACUGGGAGCUCCCCGGCGGCACGACGGAGCUGGACAUGGCGGAGGCGUUGGGGAUCACGGCGAAGAGGAAGAGCGACCUGUGGCUUCAUGCUACCGUCAUCAUACCACCUCUGUAA